AUGGUCCCUGAGUGUAGGGCCUACAUCGCUUGUUUACCCGAAGAUACGGAGGAGAGCACAACCACAGGGGAUCACGCACCUCCUAACGGCGCUGAGAUUGACGAUCCUAUGACGAUGGAAGAUGUGCACCAUGGCGCCGGUCAAAUACAGGCGUUGCUGAUCCCAGUGUCCAUUUGCAUGAUGCUGGUGGUGAUAACAGUCAGGUCGAUAACAUACUUUGCCACCAAUCCCGAGAAGCAGUACAUUGCUUAUGCGAGUAUAUUCAAGGAAGACGACGGACAGACCAACUAUCAGAAUGCAAUGAGCGCCGUCGGAAAUGCUUUGAUGCUGCUUGUGGUGGUCGUCACCAUGACACUUGGACUGGUGCUGCUGUUCAAGUAUAACUGCUACAGAGCUAUAAAGUGA